CUGUGUCCGCUCGUGAAACAUUCCCACCUUCGACCGUAGAGAUUUGACCACCAGAGCUUUUCAGUAACCUGACAUAUCAUUUUAUCCCUUUUUAACCAACGCAAAUAACAUAAGAAAAGUAUAUAGUUUAAAAAAAAACAUUACCAGGUUGACAAAAUGACUACUGCGCCAUAGUUUAUUUUCUCAAAGUUGUCAAUAAGAUUGUUAUGUUUUCAAGAAAAGAACAGCUGAUUCAACGCACCGGCAAAAGUGGGGUUGGACGUCGAUCAUUUUUGAAUCUAUUGGUCACCGAAUUUCACGGUACCAAAUCUAGAGACGGAAAGGAACAAGUUUUGGCAAAUCUAGCAAACUUUGCCUACGAUCCAGUCAACUACGAUUAUUUAAGAGAGUUGAAGGUGAUAAAACUUUUUUUGGAAACUCUAUCCGAAAAUAACAAAAUUCUUGUAAGAUUUGCGGUUGGAGGCAUCUGCAAUUUAUGUUCUGAUCCGGAGAACAGAGAAUACGUUUUACGAAAUCAAGGAAUCCCAUUAGUCUCUUCCCUUCUUUCUUCUCCUGACGAAGAAACAGUUUUAUCAGCAAUCACAACUCUUAUGUUCCUGAUAACUCCGCCAACAAAACCGGAAAUAGCUUCGCCCCAAAUAAUCAAUUGUAUGAUCAACGUUGAAACAAGCCAGAAGAGUAUUGUUUCAAAUAUUAAACCUGGAAGUCGAGUUUCGAUACUCCGAGUAAUCACAAAAGAAGAUGUCCAUGCUUUUGCUCAAUUGACUAAUGAUUACAAUCCGAUUCAUGUGAAUUCGGAAAGAAACAUUGCUCACGGUGCUUUCCUCAAUGGAUUAUUAUCCGGAAUUCUUGGAACAAAAUUACCAGGACCUGGAACACUUGUUGUUGACCAAGUUUUGAGGUUCCCAAAACCUUGUUUUGUCGGCGACACUGUCGAACUUUCGGUGGAAAUAGUGUCAAUGCGCGCCAUUAUAUCAAUAGUAUUUUUGUGCAUUAUUUUUACAAAUGCACUAGAAAAUAAGCAAAUGAGAGAAAAAAAUCUUACAAAAGAAACAAAAAAGUCACAUCUACCAAUUGGUUGUUACUGUGGAGUUUUUAUGAGUGGUCAGUUUAAAAAGGGAAGCAAGGAACAGCCAAACGGAAAUCCGGCCCUCCUUCAGGAGCAUUCAGAAACUUUCCCUUGUAAUCCUGUUGGGAACAAAAUUUGUAUCAACAGAUGUCUAGAAAUUUUCGUAAAACACUUGCCAAACAGUCAAGCAAUUCUUUGCGGAUCUAUGGGCCGAGACUGUGUUAAGGAACGCGCAUACCUGUUCGUAAAAAAUUGCAAGGACGUAUGGAUCAACUCGAACUUAUCACCUAGUAGAGAAUACUGUUGUAAGGACGGCAACCCUUACAAAUGUCCACCCUAAAGUUAAAUUUUACCUCCUUAAAAUAAGAUCACCUUACAACUAAGUGACGUAUAAUCCAUUUGUCAUAUUUAUUACCACUUGCAUGCAAUAAACACCGUCUUUUCUAAAA